AUGGAUCCCAAUUUGCCAGUCCCUGAGACUGGGGUGGAAAAUGCCGCGAGAACAGGGCAUACUCCAGAGAACGCUGCCGAGACCGCGUCACCAAUUCAGUCCUCCGAAUCAUCACCCCCGACUACUCAGCCCACGCUUCAGUCCCCUGGGGAGAUUGAUCAUGCGUACUGGGCGGAAUAUGAGGAGGAUACGACGACCCCAGAUGAGGAUGAAUUGAAAGAGAUCGACGGCGGCGAUUCGGACUAUAGUGCCUGCGAUCAUAAAUACUGGGAAAACAACUUCUUCCGGGACUUGGGGGACCCUGAAUAUGUCCCCACAGAGAAGGCCCGUCUUACAUGGACAUUCAAGGGUGUCCGGGGCACCCCCGAGAAGCCUAAUCGUGCCAAAGUCAUGCGCUCCCCGGCAGCAUUUGUUGGAGGAUAUUGGUGGCGAAUCAAGUUCUAUCCUCGGGGGAACAAUGUCAACGCAUUGAGCGUCUAUCUGGAAUGCUCUACCACAAUCCCAACUCCCGAUGACGAUCUUCCCGAGACAGAAUUCACUGUCCGCCGCGGUGCUCCCGACGAUGUAUUAGACGACAGCACUCCAGAAACCGAAAUCAAGACCAUAGCCACGAACGACACAGCAGCAUGGCUUGCUCACUACAGGUCUCAAUAUCCUGCCGCCGGAGACUUUGCCCAGCCUGACAACGGAACUUCGAGCCCUUGGCGUGUACCUGCGCAGGUUGGUGUUAUCGUGUACAAUCCCCAAGAGCCACGCACUGGUUGGAUGCAGUCAUCAUGCCAUCAGUUCAAUCCCCACAACUUGGAUUGGGGAUGGACGUAUUUCCACGGCCCCUGGGAUCAAAUCCAUUCCCGUCGGCGGGGACAACAUCGCGCCCUCUUGAAUGACGAUACACUGUCUUUCGAUGCAUAUAUUCGUGUGGUGAAUGACCCAACCAAAUCCCUUUGGUGGCACCCAAGUGACUCCGAGCCCACUUGGGACAGCAUGGCCUUGACCGGUUACCGACCACUAGGUGACUCGAUGAUCAAUCAUAGCCCAGAGGUAGCUGGACUUGCCUCGUGGCUGCACAUCGCUCCAUUCUGCGAGAUCAUCCAAAGUGUUGAUGUGCUUGAACAUCUCACCAAUUCCGACGCCAGGCCUAAGCCACUAUGUGAUGCUCUCCAAAAGCUUCUGUGGCAGCUUCGUCGCCAAACCCUCUCACCAAGCUACGUCGAUACUGACGCCGUGACUACCACUUUGCGCAAUUUGCACGAGUUCUCGAACGACGUAUCAGAAUUCUGGGAGCGCCUGCGACGUACCCUAGAGCUUGAGCUAAAUGGGACAGAGGCCGGAAAGGAGUUCGCCAAACUGUUUGAUAGCCCGGCUGUGCAUGCUACAUCUCCCGAGGGCGAAGUAACCGUGAAUAUGCUACCCACGGACUUCAACUCGCGUCUUUAUAUACCAAUUGAUCAAGCAAAAUCCACCUCGGGAGCUGUCGGUGCGUACUUGAGUGCCAAGCCCGGCCGUUGGUCGCUUCCACCGCUUCUUCAUGUCGAGUUUGGUCGCCAUACUUUGGACAAGGCCAAACGCUGGCAGCUCCGAUAUGACAAAGUCGAAUUGGAUGAGGAACUGGACCUGGCUCCUUGGGUUGUUGAUGGACAGGGUAGCAAAUAUGUCCUUUAUGGAUAUAUUGUCCAUCGUGGUCGUCGCACCUCGGGCAAGUUCUUCAGCAUCCUUCGACCAGCAGGGCCCGGCACUACCUGGCUGGCUUUCGAUGAUGGUAGUGACAACCGUGUGGAGUGCUUAACCCAGAAGACCGCCAUGGGCCCUCACCUUGGUCUUGAUCCCUCUCAAACUGUCGACCACAAGAAGGGCCAUGAUGUCCCCGUUGUGGUAAUGUAUGUCCGGGAAAGUGUCGUGUCGGCCCUGUUGCCUGGUCCUCAGGGGCCUUGGGAAGUUCCUGAGACCUUGAAGCAAUACUAUGAAACCGGCAUAUAUCCCACUGGUGACAAGCCCACAGAUGUUGUCCAGGUGGAGAUCUAUUCGCUUCCGCAAUACGGCCAGCUGACUAGUCUGUUUGACUCUUAUGAUCUUAUGGCACAGGCCAAAGCGGCAAGUUCUGUCAUGUACAUGUCUUUGCCCCGCUCAACGCGCUUGGCCGAGCUACGCAAAAGGAUUGCCACGUGUAAAUCCGCAAGCUCUGAUCCCAUCGCCCCCGAGCGGGUUCGUUUCUGGCAAAUUGGGAACUUUGCUGGUUCUGGGUCGUCAUUGGCAUUCGAUCGCACUACGGAUCUGAACGUUCCACUGGAUCCUUCAUUGAAGAUUAUACGGUUCUGGAUGGAGAUCAUAUCGGAGGAAGAUGCACAGUUGUUCGCCAUUCCAGACCCUCCGACCUUCACCACCUCAGAGGAUAAGCCAGACACCACAGUCAUUCAGGACCAAGUGCUUGGGGCCUCGGAAGACGUGGCAGCCGAGGGGGAUGCUGUCGCUAGCUCAUCGGGAUACACUCCUCAUGGGCGUCGGGCUAUUACAGACAAUGUGCACUCCACGAUUGACGAUGACUCGUUGCCACCGUCGGCCACAUUGUCUCCUGAAAAUGAUGCCUUUGCGUCUGACAAUGCGGAGCAGGCACUGGUGCUAGCUGCUGUCGCUGCUCCCGGUCAACAAGCCACCACUACUGCGUCAGCUCCUCCAACUGAAGGCACAAGCUCCGCUCUUGCACCAUCCACUCGAGACCCCCCUACAGCAGAUUCCCGGCCUGAAGCACAAGCCGCAUCAUCGAGGGUCAAGCUGCCUAUCGACCACACAUAUUACUUUAUUCAGAUGUUUGACGCGGACAACCAAGUGCUCAGGACCGUUGGGUCGUUCUUUUCUAAGCUCGAUGCCAACGUCAAAGCGUCCAUCCGGCGCCACUUACAGCGGCCUCUUCGCCAGGACUUCCUUAUGUGGAAGCGUGUCGACGGUGCUGCUGUUACCACGGUAUCGCCAGCCGACAGCUUCGCCGAGGUGGUUGCGCCGCACGGGGUAUGCUUCAUCGUUGGAGAUAAGUUGACGAAGGAUAAGCGGUCUGAGCUUGCUGCUUUGGGGUUGUUCACAAGCCCCGAUCGUUUAGUUCAAUACCUGUGGGCCGAUUCUCGCGGCCAUCCAAUCCAAGGUUUCACUGGAGUCAAGACCAUUGAAGCCACAUUCGCAAACGAUUACUACAGUGGUGACUUCCUCAAAGGUCAUCGCCACGGAAGAGGCACGCACGUUUCGGGCACAGGCAUGGUAUACGAAGGUGACUUCGUCUUCGGCCGACGGCAUGGCCAGGGCAAAUUGGUAUACCCCACUGGCGACUCUUACGACGGCGAUUGGGUCGAGGAUGUAUGCCACGGACAGGGUACAUAUAUCGAGAAAACGACUGGCAACAAGUAUGUCGGUGGAUUUAAGGAUGGUAAACGCCAUGGCAAGGGCGUCAGCUACUGGGAGGUGGCUGACGCCGAGUUGGAUCUCUGUCAAAUCUGUUAUACGGAGGAGAUGGAUGCUGUCUUCGCCGAGUGUGGGCACCUAUGUUCGUGUGUCACAUGUGCCAACCUCGUCAGCCUGUGUCCGAUGUGCCGCAAAGAGGUCAAGAAGGUGAUCAAAAUUUAUCGAGCAUAG